AUGGCUCCGUACAACAGCCACUACGACGACCGCUACGAUCCCGUCGGCAGUCGCUAUAAUCAACAAACCCACCAGACAUACUAUGCUCCCGGCUCCCAGCAGCCCGCGCAACAGCAACAACAGCAGCAACCUUCGACCACUCAGACCCCUCAGCCACAGCCUCCAGCGCCGCCUGGACACCAAACCUCAUACGCUGCUGGCUACUCCAAUCGACCCUACUACAACGACCAGUCGACCGAGAGUCGUGCCGCAGAGACUCUGAGCCACUUGAGCGCCCAGGACAAGCCAACCACGUCUAACCGCUCCUCAAACUCUCAGUACGACACAAGCUCACGCGCAGACUCCUCAUGGAACACGUCAGAUCGUCCCUCCGCGAAUCAGCACGAAUCAAAAGCCUUGACAAACUGGCACAACGCUGACCGACGACCCGUCAAUCCCUCACCUCUCUACCAGCAAGACCAGCGCCCCAACAGCACAACAAAUAGCUAUAGCCCUGCACAGUCAUACUCUCAGCCGGCAAACAACCCAAGCACAUAUUCAUACCCCUCAUACUCUCAGUCGGACCAGCCGAGGGCACCGACAAUCACCGCUUCCCAGCCGACAUCCUACGAUUACUCGUCCUCCAGCUUCCGCCCAGCCAGUCCCUAUUUGGCUCGUCAGUCACAACAGUCCGGUGCUCACCGCUCGAGUACCUCUUCACAAACCUCUACAGCUCCUCGCGACCAUCACUUGACUGCUGCCGCCUCGCACACCUCCGCUAACGUCGGUCAACCUCGCGCACCCAGUGUCGCCCCGACUUCCAUUCGUGCCAACUCCUCAUACGCUCACCAAUCCAACCCCCCAGAUCAGGCUUACUCCUCUGCUCCUACCACAGUAGAUCCCGUACAGGUCUACGAUCCCUGGCCGGAACAGCAGAGGAAAUUGGCAGAAGCUCGACGCAAGGCUGAAGCCGAGGAGGAACGACGAGCCGAGGAAGAAGCAAAGAUCAAGGCCGAGGAAGAGGCGAAGCGCAAGGCUGAAGAGGAAGUGAAGCGGAAAGUAGAAGAGGAGGCGAGGAAGAAGGCCGAGGAAGAAGCUCGCAGAAUGGCAGAAGAGGAAGCAAGAAUCAGAGCUGCCGAAGAAGCAAAGCGCCGGGCAGAAGAAGAGGCCAAACGCAAGAUCGAGGAAGAGCGAAGAGCAGACGAGAAGCGCAAGGAGGAAGCAAAGAAGGCAGAAAGCUCAUGUCUUGCACGAGAGGUUGCCAACCAGGAAGAGGCCAAGCGAAGGCACUACCGAAAUAUGCAGGAACAACAGCCUUCGACUUCGGCUGCACAGCGGCCUGCGUCCAAUGUCAUCCCUGCUGUGACGACUGUCCACGACACACAGCGUAAGAUGGCCGCUGCCAUGGCUAAUUUGCCUUCAGCUGGUGCUGGCAGUAGUAAUCUGGAGACCGAGAUGGCUGCUUUUCUUAGGAGGAUGCGCGACCUUAAUCAAGCUGACCCUCGCAUGUUUGCACGCAUGUGGGAGACUGAGAGGCAGGUUCAUCUCCCACAGUCUGUAAGUGCCACCCAAGCUCCAGCUCAACCUCCACCACAAGUCCCGGCUGCCAUUCUCACCCCUGCACAACGAGCACAAGGUCCAGCACGCCCUGUCUUCAACCCGGCACCGGCUGAAGCACCACAAGCUCCCAUAGUACCUACGCCUCACUCUGCUACGGCUGGACCUAACAGCAAUGCCGCAUCGAAUGCUCGGAAGCAGACGGUGCAGGCCAACAUCAGCGCUGCGACUCCUUCAGGAGGUCCUAAUACUAUUUGGCCUCCUGGUAAGAAAGCCACUUUGGCUGAAACUGCUAUAAGGUGGCUCAAUGCGAGAAAGGAGAACACGAACAAGCUGGUCUCGGUCGAGGCUAUCCACGCAUUACUCGCCCCGAAUCCUUCAUACAUGACUCUUUGCGAGAGUCUCGAACGUAUGGGACUGUACGUUGAUCGUGCUCAGUUUGCUCGCGCCUUGUUGUCCGUCGUACCAGAUGCUGCCAAAGCAAACCAAAACAAGCCAGCAUCUCCUUCCAUCACACAAGCACAACCUUCGAUGAACGCGACUGCUUCAGCCUCGACUGCUUCUGUGCAGGUCACGCCACAAUCUGGCUCUGCUUCCAAGAAGUAUCCUAACAUUGGAAGGUUUCCAGGACGACGAGGCCGACCUAGUCGUGCCGCUGUAGCCGCUCUUCAAGAAAAGGGUGUAAUCGACCUUACUGGUCGUGACUCUGUGCCUCCGACGACUUCCACUCCACGUGUCUCUCAGCCAUAUCAUGCCGCAGCUCAUCCCACCGACGCUCCCACUGUCAACUACCAAUCAGAGUUUCAUUAUGCUCCACCUGCAGAUGAUGUACCCGAAUACGCUUCAUCGUACACCCCGCCGCAGCAUCAGCGUCAGUUCCAACCUCGGCCUCAACACCAGCUACAACAACACAUGCAACAACAGCAGAUGCAAUCACAGCAACAACAAGCUGCUGCAGUACAAUCUCUACAGGGACAGCACCGCAAUUACUCGAGUCUAUACUUUCAACAACAAGGGCAAGCCCAUAACGCCGCAAGGUCAACACCUCCUUCAGUAGGACCAAGACCGCCCUCAGCCAACAAGGGCGAGGCAGCUCGCAAGCGCAAUUUCGCUGAACUCGUUGACAUGACAGCAAUGAAUUCUGACUCGGAAGAGGAUGUACCUCCGGCAAAGCAGGCCAACACUGCACAGUACGACAUGGCCUCGACUUCAGAACAAAGCGGUAACGUCCAUAGUAACGGCCACUUCAAUCCUGGAAUGCCAAUCAACCUCCAACAGUCUUACUUCAAUGGUACCGUCUAUCCUACAUACCUUCCAAGUAAUGCCCCACAACCUUCGGCUGCAGUAGCUUCGCGACCAAUGGUCAUCAGCAAACAUGUUGAACUUAAGAAUCAAACUUUGGUCGAGCCAGUGAGACGCGCCAAGGUCGCUCGCAAAUCCAGAUAUGAUCCGAAGACAAUCUGCAGAGAUGUGCUCCUGGCUACAGGACGUCAUCCGGACAUGCGGCCACUGAAUCAACAUCUCAAUGUCAUGCACAACUUCCUCAAGAAUCACUCCGAAGGUGUUGAUCAGGACAAGUUUGAUCUCGAAUCAAUUCGAUGGGACUUGAUCGAUCCAGGAGAGCCGAUAAUCGAGCCUCUUGAAACAGCCGAGGCAGACAGAGAAUCCACAGUCCCGGAGGUGGAAGUGAUGAACGAGAGAUCGGCCACCGAUGCCGACGAUGAAGGCGGAAGUGAAGAUGAAGGAGGAGCUCGCCUCACUUCUGAUGCUCCAGCUCCUGUCACAGUCACUGACGCAGCUUUCACGACUGAAACUACACCAGCACCUCCAUCAUCUGCGCGACGUGCAUCAACCCAAGUCGUUGCUGUUGAGAUCAAGACGAGCAGAGGCCAACGUUUCACUAGAAAGCCAUUUCCCAAAGCCAAGGUUGGAUGGCCUCGCAAGAGUAUGCCAGUGGUUGCAAGCACGAGUGUUGGCGACGGAAAAACUCCGGCUAAACCUACCCGCCGGCAUACCGACAUCCAUCAACGCGCGACAUCAUCCAUCGCGACCGACACACCUCGCAAUCAACAAACACAAAAGAUGUCGGCAACACCAGUUCCAGGCCAACCGAUCGGCUAUUCUGCGUUCCGCUCGACACAAGUCGAUGAAAACGGUAAGCCGAUUAAGAGAAGAGGUCGCCCAGUCGGCUGGCGCAAGAGCGUCCAUAGUAAGGCAGCGCUUGCAGCAGCAGCAGGCGGUGGUCUACCAGUCUCAUCGGCACCGAAACCAUCAGCGGCGCAGCGCCAGUCCCGAGGCCAACCAAGCUAUGCGCCACCAAAGCAGCGUCGCACCAAACAAGCCAAACCGGUCGUCGAAAACAAGGAGCCUGAAAUUGAGUUCAACGUGUACAAAUGCGACUGGGAAGAUUGCGGUUCUGAACUGCACAACAUCGACACCCUUCGCAAACACGUCCUCAAACUCCACGGCAAAAAGACAUCGGAAGGCGACUACGAAUGCGCAUGGUUCGGCUGCUUCCAAGAAGAAGAGGUGACUGCAUUCGAUGACUUGGGCUCAUGGAUGGAGCACAUGGAGAAUGUUCACGUCAAGCCACUCUCCAAAACGUUGGGCGAUGGACCUCGCUCAGGACUUUCAGACCAUCAUUCUGAAAAGUCGGGCGCUUAUCUUUCCGACUCAUUCGGCAGACAAGUGACACCCAUCAUUUCCAUGGCACGAGUCCAGAAAGGAACGCGAGAAUGGGAAGUGCAGCAAGCACGCGAAGCAGACGCAAGAAGACUCUCCACUCUGACAGGCUCGAGAUUGAACGACGAAAAGCUGUUGCAGCAGAUGGAGGAAAAGAAGAGGGUUGUUGGACCUGCUCUAACCAAGGCGGGCAGCAGAUUAUGGACCGAAGAGCGCAAGCGCAACUUUUUGCACGACGAGUACUUUUACGAAGUUUUGGGUCCAGCUGAGCGAUUGAAUUGGCCAUCACCCUAUUAA